AUGAUUGAAGAAGAUUCAUCACCUCUUGUUGAUUCUAAAGAUAAAGAUGAAGAUUAUGUUCAAGAAUCAUCAGAUGGUUCAUCAGAUGAAGAUAUUAGUAAUAUGAUUGAUGAAGAUUAUGAAGAACCAACUCCAAUUAAAACUUGUACCAUUACUACAACUAGUUCAACUGGAAGAAGAAAGAAGAGAACUAAUUCAUCACGUACUCCAAUUGCAUCUCAUUCAACUUUGACUUCUAAUACUUCCAAUACUGCUAAUACUACAAAUGCUACAACUGGUGAUGCUGUUGAUGAUAUUGAUAUUGCUAAUGGACCAACACAAACAUUAUGUUGUUUGAAAGGUUGUGAUCAUGCCAUAAGUAAUAGAUUAAGAUUUUCAUUGAGAACAUGUAAAGAUUCUGAUUUUAAAGUUGAUUAUAUGAAUAAGGGUUUCAAUUGGGUCUGUAAUUAUCACUACUUCCAUGAUUUGUAUUUAUAUAAGAAGAGUCAAAAGAAUUCAAAUAACAACUCUUCAACUACUUCAACUACAAAGAGAAAGAGAUCUAAAUCUAAUGCAACUACUACUACAACUACUACUAAACAAGAAGAUCCUGCAGUUGUUAUUCCAACUAUUUCAGUUACUACUCCACAACAACAAUCAACUAAUUCAUUUGAAGCAACCAUUACUAAUAUGAUUCCUUCAUUACUUCAUUCUAAUUUAUUACUUUCAAGUCAACCAGUGCCUGUUGCUACUUCAACAACAACAACAAAGAGAAAGAGAUCUUCUUCCAAUGUUAAUACAGCCAAGAAGAGUAAAACAAUUGUUGAUUCAGUUGUUUUAAAUACUUCAAUGAAUUUCCAAACAACUUCAACUCCAUCAAGUUUAAUUUCAUCUUCAAAGAUGACAUUUGGUAAUACAACAAGUGGUGUUGCUACUAAAAAGAAGAAUCUCAAAGUAUCAACACAAGAAUUAACAUUGACAAAUUCAAAUUAUGCUCAACCUUCACCUGUUAAUACUGAUGAUGUUAUGGCUUUAAUUAAUUUUUCAAUGGGUAUUUCAAUGUAA